CGCCCCCGCUCCGCCUCCGCGUCCCCGAGGGGGCCCGAGGAGCGCCGUGCGGGUGUCUGGAUGUGCUGGCGAGCGUGCGGGGCGGCAUGAGGCGCGCCGAGGCCCGGGCGCGGCCGGCCCGGGCGGCGUGAGCGGCGCGCGCAUGAGCCCGGGCGCGGGGGCUGCUCGGCGCCGGCGCGGCCAUGUCCCGGGGGGGUGCCUCCCCGCACCUGCUGUGGGACGUGCGCCAGCGCUCGCUGGGGCUGCAGGACCCGGCGCGCCUGCGGAGCCGCUACCUGGGAAGAAGAGAAUUUAUCCAAAGACUGAAACUUGAAGCGACCCUGAAUGUGCACGACGGCUGUGUUAAUACAAUCUGUUGGAAUGAGACCGGAGAAUAUAUCUUAUCUGGCUCAGACGAUACCAAGUUAGUCAUUAGUAAUCCUUAUAGCAGAAAGGUCUUGACGACGAUUCGCUCAGGGCACCGGGCAAACAUCUUCAGCGCCAAGUUCUUACCGUGCACGAACGACAAGCAGAUCGUCUCGUGCUCCGGGGAUGGGGUCAUAUUUUAUACCAACGUCGAGCAAGACGCGGAAACCAACCGACAGUGCCAGUUCACGUGCCAUUACGGGACCACCUACGAGAUCAUGACGGUACCCAACGACCCGUACACGUUCCUCUCCUGUGGCGAAGACGGGACCGUGAGGUGGUUUGACACACGCAUCAAAACCAGCUGCACGAAAGAAGACUGCAAAGAUGACAUUUUAAUUAACUGCCGACGCGCUGCCACCUCCGUGGCCAUCUGCCCGCCCAUCCCGUACUACCUUGCUGUGGGGUGUUCCGACAGCUCAGUGCGAAUCUACGACCGACGGAUGCUGGGCACCAGAGCCACCGGGAACUACGCGGGCAGGGGCACCACAGGCAUGGUGGCGCGCUUCAUCCCGGCCCACCUGAGCACCAAGUCCUGCAGGGUCACGUCUCUGUGCUACAGCGAGGACGGCCAGGAGAUCCUGGUCAGCUACUCCUCGGACUACAUCUACCUGUUCGACCCGAAGGAUGACACGGCGAGAGAGCUCAAGACGCCCUCGGCGGAGGAGAGGAGAGAAGAGCUGCGACAGCCCCCGGUGAAGAGAUUGCGACUCCGAGGCGACUGGUCGGACACGGGGCCGCGGGCGAGGCCGGAGAGUGAGCGGGAGCGAGACGGUGAGCAAAGCCCCAACGUGUCCCUGAUGCAGAGGAUGUCGGACAUGUUGUCCCGAUGGUUCGAGGAGGCCAGCGAGGUGGCCCAGAGCAGCCGAGGCCGGGCGCGGCCCAGAGGUGGCGCCCAGCAGCCUGAAGCCUCCACUCUCUCCGCCGUCCCGUCGAGCGCCGAGCUGGAAGUAGGUGAGACGGCCAUGGACGUGGAUGUGCCCGUCGAGUCCUUCCUGCCUCCCUCCGCCUCCUCCUCCACGUCCCUGCGGGCCCACUCCACGGCGUCCACCGACAGUCUGGUCUCUUCCCCAGAGAGCGAGCACCAGCUGGCGGCCGCCGCGUCGGGGCCCCCCCCGCAGCCUCAGUCCGAGUUUCUGAGGGGGCCCGAGAUGGCGCUGCUCCGGAAGCGUCUGCAGCAGCUGCGACUCCAGCGGGCCGAGCAGCAGAGGCAGCAGGGACUCACCGGGCCCGCGCCCGCGCCCGGCCAGGCUCCCGGGGAGGAGGGCGCCCUGCGGCCAGCGCCCGUGCCAGAUCCUCCUUCCUCUGGGGCUAACGCCCAGCCCGGACCCACGCCCGCGGGCGAGCAGCAGGAUGACACUAAUGAAAAGCUGAGCCCAAAGCCAGGGACAGGUGAACCCGUUUUAAGUUUGCACUACAGCACAGAAGGAACAACCGCAAGCACAAUAAAACUGAACUUUACAGACGAAUGGAGCAGCACAGCCUCGAGUUCCCGCGGCAACGGGGGCCACUGCAAGGUGGAAGGGCAGGAUGACUCCCUGGACCCACAGAGCCCGGGCUCGGCCCCCGAAGGAGACUGCGUGUCAGAAGUGCCAGACUCCCCCCCAGAGGCCACGACGGCGGCGGCGGCAUGUCCAGGGGGCGCGUUCCCAGAGCGGGAGGGCUCGCCCCCCGGCCCCCCGGGUGCAGAGGAGCACGCGAGCUCGUCCCCCAGCCCCCUGGAUGCGGACAGUCGGACCACUGAGCCCCCCAGCCCCUCGGGUGCGGGCGAACGUGUGAGCCUUCAGGAUUCAGACAGAUACGCAAGAUCAGCCCCCCCCGGCCCCCCGGAGGCAGCUGCAGGUGCGAGAUCGCCCCCUGGCCCCCUGGAGGCAAACGCAGGUGCAAGAUCGCCCCCCGGCCCCCCGGAGGCAAACGCAGGUGUGAGCUCACUCCCCGGCCCCCUGGAUGCAGCUGCAGGUGUGAGCUCGCACCCUGGCCCCCCGGAUGCAGCCGCAGGUGCAAGACCGCCCCCCAGCCCCCCGGAUGCAGCUGCGGGAGUGAGAUUGCCCCCCGACCCCCUGGAGGCAGACGCAGGUGCACAGUCGACCCCCAGCCCCUUGGAGGCAGACACAGGUGCGAGCUCGCCCUCCGGCCCCCUGGACGCAGCCGCAGCGCACUUGGGCGAGGAGCAGGGGAAGACGCGCGGUGCCAAGAGUCCCCCGGGCGCAGCGGCGUCCCCUGGUGCUGAUAGGGCCCCAGGCAGCGCCGUGGAGCAGCCCCGCCUGCGGCCCGCCUCGCCCGAGCCCCCCUCGCAACCAGAAGCCGUGGGGCCCUCGAGUCAGGAGGAGGCAGGAGCCAGGGACUCUGCCCUCCAGGACACAGAUGACAGUGACGACGACCCCGUCCUGAUCCCGGGGGCGCGCUACCGGACAGGCCCCGGGGACAGGCGCUCUGCCGUCGCCCGCAUCCAGGAGUUCUUCCGGCGGAGGAAGGAGAGGAGGGAGAUGGAGGAGCUAGACACGCUGAACAUCCGCAGGCCCCUGGUGAAGACGGUGUACAAGGGCCACCGCAACUCCCGGACAAUGAUCAAAGAAGCCAACUUCUGGGGUGCUAACUUCGUGAUGAGCGGCUCCGACUGCGGCCACAUCUUCAUCUGGGACCGCCACAGCGCCGAGCACCUCAUGCUCCUGGAGGCCGACAAUCACGUGGUCAACUGCCUGCAGCCCCACCCUUUUGACCCAAUCCUGGCCUCGUCCGGCAUAGAUUAUGACAUAAAGAUCUGGUCCCCUCUAGAAGAGUCGAGGAUUUUUAACCGGAAACUUGCUGACGAGGUCAUCACGCGAAACGAGCUUAUGCUGGAGGAGACGCGCAACACCAUCACUGUGCCCGCCUCCUUCAUGCUGAGGAUGCUGGCCUCGCUCAACCACAUCCGGGCAGACCGCUUGGAGGGGGACCGGUCCGAAGGCUCCGGGCAAGAGAACGAGAACGAUGACGAGGAAUGACGGGUUCCUCCUAGCCAGCACUUGGCCGCUCCGACAUUUGCCCCCGACGUUGAUCCCGUUUGCCCUGUAGGGAGCUUUCGUGCAAUUUUUAAGGUUGUGGUUUUUGGCGUUCGUCCCCCCUCCCGGGGGAACACCCGAACAUUGCUGUGGAGUGAGUGUGUGCAUGAGUCCGGGAGCGUUUGCGAAGCAGAGCUUGGGGAAGACUUGGGCCACGCGUGAGGAGUGCUAGGAAGUGCAAAGUGCAAUAUCCCCGCCCGCACGGGGAGCCUGGGCCAGCGCCACCCGGCCGGGGAUGCUGGUCCGGAGACAUUUCUACACUUGCCAUUCGCAUGUUUGUUGCUUUCUGAUUAAAGGAGUUGGUUGUUUUAA